AUUUUAAUCUCAAUCUUCAAACAGCAGUGUACGUAGGUACUCUUUGCUUCGUAUGAUAUUUCAAAUAUUGACAAAAUAAAAUAAGAUUCAUUGCGGCCAGUCCUAAAUAUUAAAAAUGAGGUUGUGUAUAAUAUUUUUAAUUUUUCUUGGUGUUGUUAUAGUAGAAUGUGGUCAUACGUUUAUGGGUACGAGCGUGUUAAGGCCCUUAGUUUAUCAUCAUAGUGCCGAAUACUCAGCCAAAGUGUUUCGAAAAAGGAUUGAAAAUAUGUAUUUCUCUUUGCCACCGCAGUAUGUACAAGAACAACGGUCUAUCAAGGGUAUCCUGGCAUACGACAUGAAACACAGUGACGCGUCUGCAAACGUCACUCAAGGGGGAUUGGGGUUCAACUUUGUCAACAUUAGAAUGAAGAGCGCAAGAGGGGAAGCAAUGCACUUCGAUAUAUACAUUUACACAUAAAAAUAUAAAGACAAAUAAAUUAA